AUAACAUUGCUGAAAAAUGUUAACUCUGUUUUUUUAGGUGCCCACAUUCGAGUAACAACCUCAGGAGAGGAACAAACAAACUGUAUUUUCUGCAAUGGCGGGACGCGAAUUAACAAUAACGCCAACGAAACGUGAGCGACGCAAGUCCCCAGCGAUGGCCAGUUGUAGCACCAGCAGCGGCACCUCACAACAACCGCCGCCGCCGCCGCCUCCUAUGUCACCAACAUCUUCUGUGGCAGACACAACAUUCGAACCAACAGUCGAUAUGAUGGUAAAUGAUUUCGACGAUGAAGCCACCCUAAACGAGGAGGAAGCGCUAGCAGAUUUGGAGGCGCACAAUGUGGAGGAUGAGAUAGCGACCUUGCGUGCAGAGAGUGAAAUGCCCAUUGAGCUACUGCUGGCCAAAUAUGGCAGCAUGGAAGGAGAUUCAGUUAUGCGACCCUGCAGCAGCAACAGUAGCGGGGGAGGCAGUGGGUCUACCUCGACCAAGAGGCGACGACGUGCUAAAAGGCCAUUGGAAGAGGACGAGCAGGAGCAGCCGGCGCAGACUAGCCAGGCUGAGCCGGCAAGUCCUUUGGAAUACCAGGAACAAGCCAUGGAACUAGAUGAACUGCCCCCAGAGGUUACAAAAAGGUCACAUCGUUCACAUUUGCUUGAUCUAUAUCCAGAGGAGCAGGCCUUGAAGGAACUGGAAAGCUUUACUCCGUUGGUGACGUUGCUCGAACAAGCUGAAGAUGAGGAUCAGGAUGAGGAGGAUAGCGAUGCUGAUUCGGAUGAUACUAAAAAGAUUAUAAUGGUCGGUCCCGAUUAUCAAGCUGACAUACCUGAAGGACUUGCUCUAUAUGUUGCCGAUAUAUUGCCCUAUGAGAAUGAGGAUCAAUUAAUUUGGGCGCCUAGCCAAGUGAGCGAGAAAGCUGUCGAGGAUUAUCUAGCUAAGAUACAGGAGACGCGUGCAGCUGAAGAGGGCGUGCCAGUCGAAGGAACAGAACGAAGUGAACUGGAAGAGAAUGCCCCACCAGCUCCGACUUCUGCUGCAGUUGUUGCUGCAGCUGCAGAUCCUAUCCCCCCUCCAGCUCCUAUAUCUCUGCCCAUCUCAGAUGUGGAAUCCGUGAUCAAGGACAACGAGCAAGCUCUGCAUCUUCUCGUGCAAUGUGGCUAUGAUUUCAAGGAGGCGCUGCGUCGCAAACGUUUGAAUGUUCUACCACUCAGCGAUACGAUGAGCAGCUGGUCGGAGGAGGAAUGCCAAAAGUUCGAGGAGGGCAUCCAAAAGUUCGGCAAGGACUUCUAUCAGAUAAGGCAAAACCAGGUACGCACGCGUACCAUGCGAGAACUAGUUCAUUUUUAUUACCUGUGGAAGAAGAGCGAGCGCCGGGAUCAAAGCUUCGCGCUGAACGAUACCAUUGAUCACAUGGAUGUGUUCAUAAAUGAAGGCGCCAAUGGAAAUGGCAAUGGGAAUGGGAAUGGCAGUGGCAACGGAAAUGGAAAUGGCAGUUGCUCGUCUCUUGCGAGCACCGGCAGCAGCAGCAAUGGUCACAGCAAUGGCAACACAGCGCUGGAGUACGCACAGGAAGUGGAUGCAGGAGUCACAGCAUCGACAGUGGCAGCAGUAGCAACAGCGACGCCAGCUGGGAGCGUCAGCAGAAAUUCCACAACGAAAAACUAUUCCAUUAUGAAAGGCGGAACUACGGCAGCUGUGGCCAGUCGCAAACGUGACAUCUCUUUCGCACUCGAGGAGGACAAUGUGGAGCUGGAGAAUGGAGUGGAAAGCUUAAGCUAGGGUGAAACGGAAGGGAUUGUUGGGGGAACAAACGGGGAGCAGAGCAUUGGAGCCAAAUGCGCAGGCGCUUGCGACUCAACGAUGGAUGCUGCUGCAAAUAGGGCGUGGCAUUAACGUUAAGAAAAUCAAACAUUCAUUAUUAAACAC